AAAUCAGUCCAGCUUUCGAUCUAUAAACCAGAUCUGUGAGUCUAAGGAGGAGGCAGCCUGUUUAUUGACCUUUCAAAGAAUGGAAACCGACAGAGAAGCCGAUCAUCAGCUCGUUGCUAACCUUCCACCGGACAAAACAGUCGAAGAGGGUGGCGAUCAAGUAACUCAAGCAGUGUCGCAAUCAAAUAUAAUGUCGAAGAACGUCAUCAGCAAAGAGUCCAACAGCAAUAUAUCCCCACAGGAGGACGUCAGCACGGAAUAUGACAGUUUACCAUCACCCGGAACAACCGAAUCAGUUACUAUAGCAACCGAUAAACUUCGCUUUUUGAUACGUCGAGUGGAAAAUGGUGACUUCGAUUCUCACACUUUAAAGAAAACUCUGAAAUAUGCUGCUGAUGUUCUAGAUUCGGUUCGUAAAGACGAAAACAGAAUGGGGCUAUAUAUGAAUAGUGAUGAAGACUGUUUAUCAGAGGUUCCCGCCGAAGAGAUUCCAGACCAAGUUCGUGAUUGGUUGACGUCUACGUUCUGUCGUCCCAACGUCAGGUCUCGUGGUCCACAGGAGGAAAAGCCUCGAUUUAAGAGCAUCGUUCAAGCUCUACGAACGGGCAUGUUUCUUGAUCGAAUGUUUCGUCGCUCUUCUGGUCUAGCGGGAGUGUCCUAUGCUCCAUCUGUAUCACUCAGAUUCAAGACAAUAGACGACUGGAAUUUUGAUGUAUUUAAACUGAAUGAAGAAAGCGACAAUCAUGCCCUUAAAUAUACAGCAUAUGAGCUGUUUACACGCUAUGAUCUAAUUAAUAAAUUUAAGAUGCCAUCAUCAGCUUUACAUGCCUUUCUUGACGUCAUGGAAGCCGGCUACCAGAGAUAUAGGAACCCUUACCAUAACCAUAUCCAUGCAGCAGACGUGCUUCAAACUGUGCACCACAUCAUUGUAAAAAUGGGCUUAGUGCACUGGUUGAGCGAUUUGGAAAUUCUAGCAGCAUUGCUUGCGGCCUUAAUUCAUGAUUACGAACACACUGGCACAUCAAAUGCGUUUCAUGCCAACGCAAGUACGAAUGCAGCGUUAUUGUACAACGAUCGAGCAGUGUUGGAGAACCACCACAUUAGUAGUACAUUCCGGAUACUACGUGAUAAAGAUAAAAAUAUCCUAAUUAAUCUUUCAAGAGACGAUUUCAGGGAACUGCGUCGUCUUGUCAUCGAAAUGGUCCUAGCAACGGAUAUGUCGUUUCAUUUUCAACAAAUAAAACAAAUCAAAAGUUGGAUCGGCGUUCCUGGGGAGUGUGUUGAUAAAGCUAAAACGUUGUCGCUGGUGCUUCAUUGCUCAGAUAUUAGCCAUCCUGCCAAACAUUGGGACCUGCAUUAUAAGUGGACACGCCUACUUAUGCAAGAGUUUUUCUUACAGGGUGACCGAGAAAUGGAGCUUGGACAACCAUGUUCGCCCUUGUGCGACAGGCGAAGUACUUUCAUUGCUGAGUCCCAAAUCGGGUUUAUCGAUUUCAUCGUUGAGCCAACAAUGGUACUUUUAAGUGACUUAAUGGAUAAGGUACUAAAGGAAGAGUUGGCUGAUAAUGGACAAGAUAUUGCACAAUGCGAACAGAAUGCUAUACACAACUCCGUACCUGUACAUACUACACAAUCGGACAACACUUCGCGACAAGAUACCAGCCCAUCUACAUCACCAGGUCGGGUUAACAUUGUACGGCCAUCUAUGCGGCAGAUGUCAAUACCAAAUAAAGCGCCACGAUUAUGGAUGGCACCGCUGAAACAAAACAGUAGACUCUGGAAAGAGAGGGCUGCUCAAGAUGCGAUAGAGAGAAGCAAGGGUGCAACAGAUGUUGAGUUACAUCUAAGCGACAUUGAGUAUCCAACCAAACGCUUUUCCAACGAGCAUCGACCAAGCAUAGACAGCAUGAGUCAAGCCAUCAACAUGGCCUCCAUACCUGCAUUUAGCCAAGAAGAACACAGAAUUAGAAUUAUGCGAACGGAAAACAGGCGAGAUCAAAGAACGUCAUUAUCCUCUUCUACGUCAGAAGAUCACGCCUCGACACCCGACAUAGAUAUGGCUCCGCGCUCCUGUGGGUCUGAUACGCUCAAAGAUGGAUGCGAUGGUAAUGGUGAUGGGAUGACCAAAUCGUCAAAAGAGUCUUGCAAUGAAUAUGCACCCAGAGUACAGGACCUCAUUGUAAAUAUUAGCUCAACAAACUCUCCUGAUAAAAAGAGCAAGAGUAUGGAAGGCGAGUGUGUAGGCCCAACCCAUCAUACAAUUAAAAUAUCGAGGAUGAUUGUUAGUCCCAAGAAGAGACCAGCUAGCUGUAUACCGUUAGAAUUGGACUCUCCGCAAGAAGAUUCUAGGUCUGGUGUUAUAUAAUGUGAAUAAACAAUCGAUCAACUAAUCAAUAAUACGUUGGGAAAUAAACACGAGGGAAAUAUAUAUAUUCCAUUAGCGAUUUAUAUUUUUAGUUAUUCAACAGAGGCGCGACAGAAACCGCACAUAUUUCUCGUAUGGCUACAGGUUAUAUCAAAUCAAAUGAUUCUGAUUAAUAUGAAACCGCCUUGGAAUUAAUACACGGUACAUUACCUGAAAAUUAACUUCACCCAACCUGACGCAUCAUCAAAAGCAAAUACUGUGAAAGGGAUGUUAUGUGUAUAAUAAGACUGGUACGUAUGGGCUAUUGGCUCGCUGAACCUAAUGAAUUACUGACGCUAAGUGUCAUGCGGACGCUAUAUUAUUGAUUUUCAAAUGAACGUAAAUACUUUUAACUGCCAAGUGGCAUUAAUAAGGUCAGGACAUUAUCACGCAAACUAUGUCAACCCAAGUUUGAUUCUUUGACAAAAACCAGUAUUAUUGUUGCAGCCGUUUCUAGGUUAUCCAAAUUACAAAUAUAAUGUUUAAAACAAUAGCAUUAAACUGUUCAUUUCUUCGUAUAAGUAGGCCUGCACUUCUAGAGUAUCUAUAUGCGUGUUCAGUGUCUAGACAUCUGCUUUGUAGGACUCGAAAUUGACUUGAUACCAAAUAUAGAAUGAAAUUGUCUUUACCCUUGUUGGCAACUAGAAACAAUAAACAGUGCCGUAGUAAUAAUGGAUUUGAUAAAUUAUGGUUGUGU